AACCAAAAAUCAAUUGUGCUGUGUGAAGAUUGAAUUGAGAAAAUGUCAAUAGCUACAGCUCAGUUGAACUACUCCUUUGGGCUGAAAGGAGAGGUCAGCCAGAAUGCCAGCUAUGUGGACGAGCAGACCAUCAUAUACCCGGCGGGAAGGAACCUCAUCCUUUUCAACACAGACCAAAAGAUACAGAGGUUCCUUCCCUUCAAUCUGGAAGGAGGGGAAGGAGCUUCAGCAAUGGCUGUCAGUUCCAACAGACGUUAUGCUGCUGUGGCUGAAAAGCAUCCUGACAGACCAACAGUUACUGUCUUUGAUCUUCACUCGAUGAGAAAGCGUAAAGUCCUCACUUGUCCUGAAGUGACUGCAACAGAGUAUGUUAGUCUCGCAUUCUCUCCUGACUCAAAGUACCUGGUGGGCCAGGGAGGAGGGCCAGAGUGGACACUGGUCUAUUGGCACUGGGAGAAAGCUAAACCAAUGGCUCAUAUCAAAGUAUCGCACAACCCAGUCAACCAGGUCUCAUUCAAUCCUCAAGACAACACUCAGGUCUGCAUAGUCGGUGAGAAGGUCUUUAAGUUGUAUCGCUACUCAGAAGGAGCCUUCAAACAGUUUGCAUUCACAAAGAUAGAGCCACAGACCUAUCUCUGUCAGGCCUGGCUUUCAGAGGACAGGCUGAUCCUCGGGACAGACUCAGGGAAAGUUCAACUAUUUGAAGGAGGCGACCUGAAGAAUGAGUUUAUAGUCUCAGCUGAAACUGUAGCUACUCCAUCAAGCAAUGCAUCAAAAUCCUCAACUCCUCAAACUAGGCCCUCUAUAGUUCCUCCUCUUAAUCAGUUCCCAGUCUAUUCUCUUCUCUCUUAUACCAAAGGGUUCAUGUGUACCAGUGGGUCAGGGACUGUCCAUUUAUUUGAGAAGACAGAAGAGAAGAAUAACUUCAAGAAAGUUAGAUCCGUUAGCAUUUGGGUUGAUCCAUUAACCGGGAUCAGUAGUGAUCAAUCUAAGCAUGAUAUUGAUGCAGGUAGCAGCAGUGGCUGUGGCUCUGAGGGAGUUGAUUUAGAAAUAUUAUCAAUGGCCAUUAGUCCAGCAGAAGAGAAUGUGAUAUGCAACACUAGAUCAAGACAGAUGUAUGUACUUACACUCUCUGCUGCUGAUUUAGGAAAGGGUGCUGCUUUUGACUAUCUUUCUUCAUCCUUUCAUCACGGGGCCAUUACUGGCCUUGAUGUGUCCCUGAGGAAACCAGUCAUUGCUACCUGCUCCAUGGACAAGAGUGUGAGAAUAUGGAACUAUGAGACAAAUACACUUGAUGUUGCUAAGGAGUUCCAAGAAGAAGCUUACAGUGUGGCCAUACACCCCAGUGGACUGUUCCUCCUUGUUGGGUUCAGUGAGAAACUAAGACUAAUGAAUGUACUUAUUGAUGAUAUUAGACCUUUUAAAGAGAUCAUGAUCAGAGGAUGCAGAGAAUGUUCUUUUAGUAAUGGUGGUCAUCUGUUUGCAGCAGCUAAUGCCAACCUCAUUCAAGUCUAUGGAACAUUCUCUUUUGAAAACACAGCAAAUCUGAAAGGACACAGUGGAAAGGUCCGUGGUAUUAUAUGGAGCAAUGAUGACUCGAGGCUCAUCUCUUGCAGUAUGGACGGGUCAGUCUACGAGUGGAACGUCCUCUCCUCUAAGAGAGAGAAGGAGUGUGUCCUCAAGAACUGUGCCUACACCAGUGUCUCCAUGUCACCUGACCUCAAGUCCGUCUAUGCUGUUGGGUCUGAUAGGACUCUGAAGGAGAUCAACCUCAAUGAAGCUACAGUAGUUAGACAGAUGAGUUCAGGUGAUGCAGUCCUAACUCAAGUGGUUCUCUCUCACUCAGGGAAGAUGCUGUUUGUUGGCACUACCAAUGGUACCAUACAGUCAGUGAAGUUCCCGUUAGUUGAACCAGGAGAAUGGCAUGAGCACCAGGCACACUCUGCUCCUGUGGCCAGGAUGUGUAUAUCAUAUGAUGAUCAGUUCCUAAUAUCAGUUGGAGAAGAUGGUACCAUAUUCAGUUUCAGGAUCAUUGAUAAAGAAGGACGAAUGUUGAAGAGAGAGAGAGACUCAAACUAUGCCGAGGAAAUAUUAAUAACACGCUCUGACCUUGAGGAAAAGAAUACGACAAUGUCUGAACUACGUACUCGAGUUGAAGAACUGAAGAUGGAGAAUGAGUACCAGCUAAGACUGAAGGACAUGAACUACAAUGAGAAGAUCAAGGACCUCACAGAUAAGUUCAUACAAGAGAUUGAAGCACUUAAAGCCAAGAAUGAAAAUUUAAAGACUGAUAAAGAGAGACUAGAGAGCAGAUAUGAGGAAGAGAUUCAUCAACAAUUGGAAUCACACUCAAGGGAAGUACAGGAGAGAGAGACUACUACUAAUACGAAGCUGAUGGGAGAGUAUGAGAAGUAUCAAGAGCUACAGGCGAGGAGCCAGAGACUCCAGGAAGACUACGAGAGACAGCUGCAAGAAAUGGAGGACGCAAGAGAGAAAGCACUGCAGGAACUAACGGAGCACUAUGAAAGGAAACUGCACGAGAAAGGAAUCAUGCUAGACAAAGGUGCUGAUGAUCUCCGGAAGCAGCAAAGGGAGGCUGAAGAGAUCCAGCGACAGAUGGAGGAGGACACAGACCAAGAAAUACUAGCACUGAAGAAUCAUUAUGAGAGACAACUCCAUGAACAGUGUGAUGAGAACCUUAAACUGAGAGGAGAUACUGGAAUAUUGAAGAAAAAGGUAGACAGUCUUCAAGGUGAGAUUAAUGAACUGAAGGGCAGCAUCAACCAGUUAAAGCAAGAGGUGAAGAAGAGAGAAGGAAUCAUCAACUCACUAAGGAACGACAUUGAAGGAAUGAAGAAAGAAAUACAAGAGAGAGAUGACACCAUUAAUGAUAAAGAAAAGCGCAUUUAUGAUUUAAAGAAGAAAAACCAGGAGCUGGAGAAGUUUAAGUUUGUAUUGGAUUACAAGAUAAAGGAGCUGAGAAAGCAAAUGGAGCCGAGAGAGAAUGAGAUAAGAAGCAAAAAGGAACAAAUAAGCAAAAUGGAGAUAGAGCUCAGUGACUACAGCAGAUACAAUAAGGAAUUAUUAAGAGAAAGAGAACAGCAGAAAUUAAAACUUGAAGCUACCACAAAAGAAAUGAUGAAAGAAAGGAGACAGGUACACGACUUAAAAGUUGAGAUAGAAAAUUUCAAGUGUAGCCUUCACGGGACAACUCGUCACAUUCAAGAACCCAAAGUCCUCAAGGAAGAAAUCAAAGACCUUUACAAAAGAUACUUGAAGAAUUACGAUGAGUCUGCUACUCAUGUUGAUGUUACUGGUGAAAAAGAUCUCCAUAAAGAAUAUGCCAGACAGAGAGAGCACAUGGAAAGAACAGUUGCUUCCUUGAGAAAGAAACUCACCAAAGACUCUGAAAUACAUAGAUCUGACACAGUCAGAGUUAUGCAGGAAAAUGUGUCUCUAUUAAAAGAGAUCAAUGACCUGAGACGAGAGUUGAAGACCUCUCGCUCAAUUGCUCAUGAUUUUGAAGCUGCUCUCAAAAUAGCAAGGAAGAACGGGUUUGAUGAUCAAGCAGUUCUCUCUGGCAUAAGAGCCCCGCCUCCUUCCGGGGGUAUCGGACGUAUGGAGGCUGCAGAUCAGACUAGAGUACUGGAACUGCAAAAGUUUGAAAUUGGAAAACUUCGUAACAAAGUCCACGAACUUGAGGCUGGAAAGUUACCAGAGAAACUCCCGCCAUUGCAAGCUAUAUAGUUAAAAUAGCGUAGCAGAUAGUAAUUAUUAUUAAUAAUAAUAUUAUGUUAUUUUACUUGUCAUUAUUUCAAAGAUAAUGUAUUAUUACUAACAGUA